UGGGUUCAAUAUUUCACUUUUCAGCAUGCUGACAAUGGGCACUCUUUGUUCAGUUCAUGGGAAGAAAUGAUGUGUCCGACGUGAUGCUCAAGUUGCGAAACCUCGCUUGCGGCGUAUCGUAAUCAAACCUCAGACCAAGUCAUUCGUAACUGGGACCCUGGUCUUGAUGGUCAUUUUUACCACCACAAUUGUUGGCACUAACCUGGCAAUUAUCGCAACUUUGAUCGCAAAAAUGGACUGUAUCUUACGCCUCGUCGAUUCUGCUCUCUCCACAGCAAACAUGGAUGCUGUCGAUGCACUCCGAGCCUUCUUCAUCUUCGCAGCUUGUACGAUCUUCUCUGUUAGUCUGCCAGAUUCACUUCGGUCGCGGUUUAUCCCCUAUGGUGCUCGUGCGACAAAAGCUGCAGCCGAGUCAGAGACGUCCGCAACCUCGACCUCGGCCUCGAAAUCGACCUCAGCCGCGCCCGCGAGCGUGUCCGCGGUAACACGCGCCCUUGAUUACGCCGCUGCGCUGCGAGUCCCUCACAGCUACUUCACCCAGUUUUACGUCAUCUUGGUUCUAUCGUCAAUUUUCUGGGCUCUGCAGCUGCUGUCUCACGGGCGCGCGUUCCAGGCCAUCGCAGCUCGAAUCCGGCCAGAACACUUGGACCAAGCAAUCUCAAUAAACCAGGUCAUGCUGUGUUGGGGCUUGCUGUUGACCCAAGGGCUGAGACGGCUACAUGAGUGUCUUAGCUUCUCCAAGCCAUCGUCAUCCACAAUGUGGUUCGUUCAUUGGUUCGCAGGUCUCGGGUUCUACCUGGCUGUAGCCGUUGCGGUCUGGAUCGAGGGAGCAGGGACGGUUCUCACUCAUCAAUUGAGUCUCGACGACUUUGAUCUGACGAGCCGCUUCUCUGGACGCACGCUUUUGAGUCUUCCCAUUUUCCUCAUUGCAUCGGGUAUCCAACACGACUGCCACCAUUAUUUGUCUUCUCUGAAAAAAUACACUCUGCCUACUCACCCCAUGUUUAAUUGGAUCUUGUGUCCGCAUUACACGGCUGAGUGCAUAAUCUACCUAUCCCUAGCCUAUUUGGCCGCGCCGAAGGGCGAGAUCAUGAACAAGACAUUACUGUCUGCAGUCUUUUUCGUCGCAGUCAAUUUAGGCAUAACAGCAUCAACAACCCGGCAAUGGUACAGGCAAAAGUUUGGCGAGUCCGCUGUCCAGGGAAAGUGGAAUAUGAUCCCGUUGAUAUACUAG